AUGCAAGUGCCAGUUUUUACUCAAACAUCAAGGCCUUCGCAUAUUCAUAUUGAAUUACGAGUGCUUGUACGUUCAUCAACACGGGUCAUAUUAGCAGAUGAGAGUAAUAUUGUGCAUAUUUUAUGUAUAUAUGCAUGUACAUAUGCUUUAAUAUUUACAUGUUUUUCUUUCCUCUUUUUAGCUCUGUUAAACCCUUUGACCCGAUUUCUGUUUCUCCUUUUACUUUCUCCCUUCUUCCCCGUCACUCAUAUCUUAUCUCAUAAAGUGGUGCCGAACCUCCUUUUUUUUAAAAAAAAAGUACAAUACCCACCGCAGCGCUCAUCAUUAUCAGGCGCGACUUCCAAGCCUAGCGAGGACUGCCUUGGUCGGCCAACUCCGUGCUUUUUGUUCUUUUAA